UUGGAUUUUAAGAUUUAAAAUCAUUUUAAAUUUUUAUUGCAACACAUUUGGUAUUUAUUAUUAUUAUUGAACAAUUCAUAGCAAAUACACUGUUGUAUAACUAAAAAAUGUAUUUAAUUCAAAGAUUAUCGACAUAUUCUCAUCACUCGACACCUGUUGUCUCUCAAAUAUGCAACUCAUGUAUCCGUUCAUUGAGUGCAUAUGCCGUCCCUAAAGAAAAUAUUAGUCAAUUGAGUUCAAAAGUGAAGAGUUAUGUCGAAGAAAAGGCCAAAAUAUGUGAACCGUCGGACAUUCAUAUAUGUGAUGGAAGUGAUAAAGAAAACAAUUAUUUAUUGGGUUUAAUGCAAAAGCAGGGAAUCGUUGAACCGUUACCUAAAUAUGAGAAUUGUUGGCUGACACAGACAGACCCGGCAGAUGUGGCGCGGGUUGAAUCACUUACUUUUAUUUCAACACAUAAUAAAAGGGAUACUAUUCCCACACCAAAGGAUGGCAUUAAAGGAACUUUAGGCAAUUGGAUGUCUCCGGAGGACUUGAAUAAUGCACUAAAUGAAAGGUUACCGGGAUGUAUGAAAGGUCGGACAAUGUAUGUGAUUCCCUUUAGUAUGGGCCCAAUAGGGUCACCCCUGUCCAAGAUUGGUAUCCAAUUGACAGAUUCGCCAUAUGUUGUGGCGAGUAUGAGAAUAAUGACAAGAAUGGGUGCAAAUGUAUUGGAAAGGCUUCAAAACGACGAAUUCAUUAAAUGUCUGCAUUCUGUGGGACAGCCCUUACCGAUGAAGACUCAGCCGAUAAAUAACUGGCCGUGCAAUCCAUCGAAAACAAUUGUAGCACAUAUUCCUGAAAAUAAUGAAAUUUGUUCAUUUGGUUCCGGUUACGGCGGAAAUUCACUUUUGGGCAAAAAGUGUUUUGCGCUCAGAUUGGGUUCAAUUCUGGCCAAAAGGGAAGGUUGGUUAGCGGAACAUAUGUUGAUCCUCGGAAUCACUAAUCCUGAAGGAGUUAAGAAAUAUAUUGUGGCUGCCUUUCCAUCUGCUUGUGGUAAAACCAAUCUGGCAAUGAUGACACCCACUCUUCCCGGCUAUAAAGUUGAAUGUGUUGGCGAUGACAUCGCUUGGAUGAAGUUUGAUGAGAACGGAAUCUUAAGAGCUAUUAAUCCUGAAAACGGGUUCUUUGGUGUGGCUCCGGGAACCAGUGAAAAGACAAAUCCAAAUGCUAUGAAAACAAUUCAAAAGAAUACACUUUUCACAAAUGUCGCCAAAACAGCUGAUGGUGGAUUUUAUUGGGAAGGAUUAGAACAUCACAUAAAAGGCAAAAAUAUAGGCAUCACUUCGUGGUUAGGCGACAGCAACUGGACAUUAGACUCAGACAAACCUUCAUCGCAUCCCAAUUCCCGAUUCUGCACUCCUGCCAAACAGUGUCCUAUUAUGGACCCGGCCUGGGAAGAUCCCAAAGGUGUCCCUAUUAGUGCCAUUGUAUUUGGUGGCAGACGUCCUAAAGGUGUGCCACUGGUAUACGAAUCAUUUAAUUGGAGACACGGAGUGUUAAUUGGAGCGGCACUCAGAUCAGAGGCCACAGCAGCGGCUGAACAUAAGGGUAAAGUCAUAAUGCAUGACCCGUUCGCUAUGAGACCAUUCUUCGGAUACAAUUUUGGUCAUUAUCUGCAACAUUGGCUUAACUUUGAGAAAAAGUCAAACACAAAAUUGCCAAAAAUAUUUCACGUAAAUUGGUUUAGAAAAGGAGAGACCAGCGGACAAUUCUUGUGGCCCGGAUUUGGCGAAAAUAGUCGGGUUCUCGACUGGAUUUGUAAAAGAGUUGAUGGACAAGAUGUGGCACAGGAAACUCCUAUAGGUUUCACUCCAAAGAAAGGUACCAUAAAUACUGAAGGAUUAAAUGAAAACAUCGAUUUUGAAGAAUUGUUUUCAGUGCCAAAAGACUUUUGGCUCGAAGAAUGCGAUCGAAUUCGAAACUAUUUUACAGAACAGGUCAACAAUGAUGUGCCGGACGAAGUCUGGAACCAAUUGAAACAAUUACAACAACGUCUUCAACAACACAAGUGAUCUUUCAUUUCAUCUCUUUCUAGUCUUCUUUCAUCUUCUCAUUGAAAAUAAACUUAUAUUUUAUUUUAAAAAACAAAUGUUUUAAAUUUAUAUUUUAUGUUAAUAUGAUUUAUAAUUUAUUAACUAUAAGUGUUCACCAAAAAUAUUAAUGUUUGUAUUUUAGUCAUACAUUCGCUGCAAACUGAAUGUUCUCACAAUAAA